GCGAACGGAACUAGGGGCGGGAAACCGGCGGCGAGGAAAGCGCCCACGCCGCGCCGCGGCCCCCCGCCAUUUCCGUUGAAUGUUCUGGCGGUGCCAGCUCGCGCCCCCCCCGCUCCAAGCGCGCACCCCUCGCGGGUGCGCUCGGGGCGCCGGCGCCUGGUGCAUGCAGAUUGUCGGGGAAGACCCUGCGCAGAGAGACGGAUCAGCGGCGGUUCGCGCACGCUGGCACGCGUGGCACUCCCUCCCAGGCGACCCCGCACCCCGCCCUGAAGGAGUGCCCCCCCUUCAGCGAGCAGGACGUGCCAGGAGCCCGCGCGCGCGAGGCCCGCCGCUGGCGCGCUGCCCCGUCGCGACCGAGGCUGGCACGGCAGCCGCGCGGUCGGCGCUGCACGGGAGGGCUCCGCGGCCGAGGCUCGGUCCAGCGCCGGCUCCGGGCUCCCGAGGGCCCGUGGCUGUGCGGGAGCUCCUGUUGGGCCCCUGUCUCGGAAGGCAAUUUCGGGGAGCGAUGUCCCUCCAGGAUUGCGCCCGGCUCAGCGCUCGCUCGGAGAACUUAGCCGAGCCAUUGCAAAGAACAAGGAGGAACAAAAAGAGGAAGAUAGAGGAGAUGCCGUGAGAGAGCAGCGCCAAUGCAGCAGACGCGACGGACGUGCGGGGAGUCGUGAAACCACGGCCACCUACGGGGUGGAAGCUGCACUAUCGGUGG